AUGGCAAGGAGACGAAUCGAAUCUGAUAGAGGCUCAAUCAACCCAGAUGCUGAUCACAUGACUAUUGAAUUCAGAUACGGUGGAAAUUUUGUGCACACUCCAAGAACCCAUUAUAUAAAUGGUAUGGUGACUUAUUUUGAUAAUGUAGAUGUUGAUAGGCUGUCUACAUUAGAAAUUAAAGACAUGAUACAAGAGUUCGGUGUUCAAAACUCCAAAUAUUUUUAUUACACACUUCCAGGCCAUGGACCAGCAGAUGGUCUUUAUGCAUUGGAGAAAGAUGAACACAUUUUAGGUUUUGUUCGCUCAAUACCUAGGAAUAGGCACAUGACUGUCUAUGUAGAGCAUGAUAGUGAUGUUCAUGAGGUUAUUGGUGACUUAACCCAACCACCAAUGUCACAAGCUAAUAUAGAUUAUGGAGAAUCAUUUAAUGAAAUCCAUGAUGACCUGUUUAGUCAAGUUGAUGAAAAUAGGUAUGGUUCAUAUAGUCUCAGCAAUGAUCACUUAUUUCAAGAAGAGAGAAGUGCUUUGUAUCAUGGUGAGCCUCAAGAUUUUUAUGAUGUACCGAUACAUACUAAUGAGUAUGAAUAUGACGGUGAUGGUGAUGAUAAAACAAAAGGUUCCAAUUAUGAGGAAAAUGAUAAUGAUGGUAAUAAUUCUGAUUCUGAAUUUUAUGAUGAGGACAAUGAUGCCAUGUUGGACGAUGAUAAUUUCUAUGAUGAUGUAGUGGAUACACUAGAGACUUUCAUCGGAUGUGGUAAGAAACAAAAAAACAAUUGGGAGACAGAUAUACAGGUUGAGGAUAUGAACAUGGAUGAAGAGAAAUAUAACUCAGAUGAGUUACAUUCAGCAUCAAACUCUGAUGAAGAAGGAACUACUCGUAGGUACAAAGAGCUUAAUAUUGAUACUGAUAUGGACAACCCACAGUUCGAUGUUGGGAUGAAAUUUCCAAGUAAAAAGGUCUUGAAACAGGCUAUACAAAUUUAUGGAGCUUUAAGGUCAUAUGAAUGCAAGGUAGUGAAAAAUGAUAAGUUCAGGUUGUCUGCUAAGUGCAAGGAAGGUUGUAAGUGGAGGUUGUAUGCUUCUUUGAUGCAGGGAGAAAACACUUAUCAAAUUAAGAGCUACACUCCUAAGCAUUCAUGUUCCAAAGGUUUCCAUAACAAAAACAUCACUUCAACUUUCCUUUCUCAAAGGUAUAUGAGUAGGAUUAAAGAUGAUCCUAAGAUUAAAAAGACAACGCUUCAAUCAGAAGUUCAUAGAGAAUUGGGAUAUGAAGUUUCUACAGAUCAAUGUUAUAAAGCUAAGAGGAAGGCUCAAACUUUGAUUGAGGGAACUUAUGCUCAACAAUACGAAAAGUUAUGGGAGUAUUGUGAAGAGAUUAGACAGACUAAUAACGGCAGCAGUAUGUUGAUGAAGGUGGAUCCUCCUCAUUUUCAAAGGCUUUAUGUGUGUUUGGACGCAUGCAAAAAGGGGUUUAUAGCAGGUUGUAGACCUUUAAUAGGCGUUGACGCCUGUCACCUAAAGGGAACAUUUCAAGGGCAAUUACUUGUAUCCGUGGGUAUUGAUGCAAAUGAUAAUAUGUACCCUAUUGCUUAUGCGGUUGCUGAGUUGGAGAGUAAAGACUCUUGGUGUUGGUUUCUCCAACUUUUAAUUGAGGAUCUUGGUCAAGUUAGUGAAUAUGGUUGGACUUUCAUUUCAGAUCAACAAAAGUGGUGCCUGAAGCGUCUCAUAGAUGGUGUGUGCGGCAUCUAUAUGGAAAUUUCAAGGAAAAAUUUAAGGGUCAGGCAUUGA